AUGGGUCUUAAGAGAAAGCCCCCAACCAACCUGUUCGACCUCAUUGAGGGCCAGUCGGGGAAGGGUGCACAAGGAAAACUGCAAUCCAAUGCUCCGUCUCCACUACCUCAGCCCCAGCCCGUCCAGACUAGGUCAUCCUCUACUAAGUCGCAGCUACAAUCUCCCUGCCCCAAACUUCCUGCUCCUCCUCAAUCAGCUCUGCCUCCUCGGCCGGAGCCCACUGACUCAAAGAGAAAGAGGAGUCCCAAGGGGAAGGAACCCAUGGAUGGGGGAAAAUCCCAAUCCUCUCAGGAGAGGGAUGAAGCCCCGCGAGUUAAAAAACAGUUAAAGAUUGGGCACCAAGGCAAGGGUAAAAGGAUCAAAACCCAAUCCACCCAAAGUAAGGGGAAGGGAAUCGAAGCCCAAUCCGUGCCGAGCGCUAGGCUUCCCGCCCCAAUGCUCCACGGGGAGCCAUUGCUGGAAACCGCAUCCAUGAGGGACCUUGGAGAUGGCGAUGGCGGUUAUGUGGCCGACGCAUUAGGGAGAACCAUGCUGCUUCCUACUGAUGUGGAAGAGUUAAAGAACAUGAGAAUGCAGGAGGAUUUCCUUAGCGUGAAGAGGUACCUGGGUAUGGCUAUCCAGGCCACCUAUAGGAUGAAGGAUGAAGUGAAGGGGCAGAGUAAGGCCGCCGAAGAUGAACGCACCAAACGCAUAGAUGCUGCGCAGACCCUCAAGGUUUCCGAGGCUGACCUCACAAAGGCUAGGGAGGACUUAAAGGAGGCUACCCGAGAAAGGGAUAGUGCCUUGGCAGGUUUAACUGGUGCCCAAACACAGGCCGAGGAACAGACAAAGUGUCUACUCGACGCCGAGAAGCAAUUGCAGAUAGCCAAGGAGCAUAUCAGUGAUUUGAAGAAGAAACUAAUCAUGACAAAGAAUGCUAAGGGCGUGGCGGAGCUUGCCCGGGACGAAGCCGUGAGGGCCAAGCAGGAGGCUGAAUUUGCCAGAAACGAGGCCGAAGCUGCUAGGGACAAGGCGGAGGAGGAGGGUUAUGAGACGGGGAUGGCUGAAACCCAAGCCUCCCUUAAAGCUCAAAUUCCUGGAGCGGAGAGCAUAUUUUAUCCUCCAGCCAUCCGUGAGACCGCCUCCACCAACUUUGAGGCUGUGAGUGAUCAACACGAGGCAGAGGUUACUCAGUCAGCAGCUGCACAAAUCAUCGUCUCUCAUGACGAGUCGAUGGAAGGAGGAGAGUCUCAUGAUGCGAUGGAAGCACCUGGAGGUAUGAAUCCUGAGAUGCCCAAAGAGGGUACCAAGCCUAUGGUCAGCGCUCAGAUCCCUGAUGCCGAAGAGCCAGCCGUCCUUGUUCAGCCCCUACAAGCAAUUCCCCUUACUGAAGUCCCCAAGAGCAUCGAAACCGACUCUACUCAGCCUUCCCAAGAAGGGGAUGCCUCCCAGGGGCCCGAGGCUAGUCCUGCUCUGCCUUCCGAGGACAUGGGCAAAACGACAUUGAAGAAGUAG